AAAUAUUCCUAACAAAAAACGUUCAUUCAUUCGCGUUCAAUCCACAUUAAAUGUUGGAACCUGGUGCGCAAUAGUUCUGUACUUGAAACUGUGAAGCAAAAGUGUUUAAUUAAAAGUGAUUAUUUUUUGUUAUAUAACAAAAUAAAAUAAAAAUAGUGAAACAAUACCAAUCAAAACGAACAAUUUAAAAACGUCAUUCCAUAAUGAUCACCAAAUUCUCCAUAAAUGGCAAACCCUAUUCCGUCAAUUUGGCAAGUUUACCGGCUGACAUAACAUUGAAUACGUUUAUUCGUGAUCAUGCCGGUUUACCUGGCACCAAAUUUAUGUGCCAAGAAGGCGGCUGCGGUGUUUGUGUUUGCGUUGUUACCGGAAAGCAUCCUGUUAAUGGUGAAAUUAAAACAUGGGCAGUUAAUUCUUGUCUCACUCUGUUAAACACUUGUGUGGAUUUCGAAAUAACGACUACUGAAGGUAUCGGUAAUAAACGCGAUGGCUUCCAUUCCAUACAGAAACGUUUAGCUAAAAUGAAUGGCACUCAAUGUGGUUACUGUUCACCGGGAUUUGUUAUGAAUAUGUAUGGGCUGCUGAAAAGCAGAAAUGGCAAAGUCACCAUGGAAGAGGUGGAAAACUCCUUCGGAGGCAAUAUAUGUCGUUGUACCGGUUACAGACCGAUUCUAGAUGCUAUGAAAUCUUUUGCUGUGGAUAGUACCAUUGAAAUCCCCGAAGAAUGUCAAGAUAUUGAGGACUUGUCUAAUAAAACCUGUCCAAAGACCGGACAAAAUUGUAGUGGCAGCUGUAAGUCACCGAGAACUCUUUCUCUUCCCUUAACCUAUGAGAAUGGUGAACAGUGGUUCUGGCCCAAGUCGCUGGAUGAACUAUUUAAAAUUUUCUCCGAACUUAAGGGUGCAGACUAUAUACUGGUGUCUGGUAAUACAGCUCAUGGCGUUUUCCGGCGUUCGAAUGCGGUUCAUAAAUUUAUCGACAUUAAUUCGAUACCAGAAUUACAUGACUACAAAUUAUCAACUGGUUCAUUAAGAUUGGGUGGUAAUUUGAGUCUUACUGAGACGAUGGCCAUAUUUGAGAAAGCAGCAAAGUCAAAGGGAUUUGAGUACUGCAACAAACUAUGGAAACAUUUUGAUUUGAUUGCUAAUGUCCCAGUUAGAAAUAUGGGUACUUUAGCAGGUAAUUUAUCUAUGAAACACCAGCACCCCGAAUUCCCUUCAGACAUCUACUUGGUGUUUGAAGCACUCGACGUACAUGUCGUUAUACAAGAAUCAACUAAACAAGAAUGCAGUAUUCCGCUCUCAGAGUAUCUUAAAACUCCAAUGACCAACAAAAUCAUCAAAUAUUUUGAUUUGAAACCUUACAGUAGCGAAGAAUACAUUUUCGAUUCGUACAAGAUUAUGCCUAGAGCUCAAAAUGCACAUGCCUAUGUAAAUGCGGCUAUACUUAUUCAGAUUCAAAAGCCUAAUUACAUAGUUAAGUCCUCAAGAAUUUGUUAUGGUGGUAUUAAUCCCGGAUUUUCCAGAGCUCUUCAACUAGAAAAACAUUUGUUAAAUAAACCACUAUUUGAGUUGUCUACCGUUAAGGCGGCACUUACCUUGAUGCAGACAGAGUUAAAAGCAGAUGUUGUGUUGCCCGAACCUAGUCCAGAAUACAGAGUUAAAUUGGCUCAGGGUUUAUUUUACAAAUUUUUAUUGGCUCAUGCUCCUUCUACCAAACUUAAUUCAAAAGUAUUAUCUGGAGGCAACAUUCUUAAAAGACCAGUUUCUAGCGGCAAGCAACUAUUUGAGAAGCAUGAGGCUGAUUAUCCGGUCAAAAAACCCACCGAAAAACAUGAAGGCCUCUUACAGUGCUCUGGUGAAGCCAUAUUUGCUAACGAUUUGCCUCCUCAAUCGCAACAGUUAUGGGCUGCCUUCUUUUCGGCCAAGAAAGUUGGUGCUACUGUAAAGGAGAUAGAUUCGUCGGAAGCUUUGAAAUUACCUGGCGUUGUUGCUAUACUUACAGCCAAAGAUGUACCUGGAAAAAAUCUUAUUUCCGUACCUAACAACUUUUUCUUUGUGGAAGAGGAGGAACUCUUUUUGACUGGAGAAGUGAAAUUUUAUAACCAACCAGUGGGUAUUGUGGUGGCCGAAACUAAUGCAUUGGCGCAAAAAGCGGCUGAUUUGAUUAAAAUUAAAUAUGAGGGGGGAGCUAAAGAAGUAUUUUCUACCCUUAAGGAAGUCUUGAAUGGUGGGCCAUCAAAUAGAAUUAAACAUUCUAUUAAAUCUGAUGUUACUGAAGAAGCAACAAAAGUCGAUAACUAUGACGUAAAUAUCAAAGGAGAAUUGGAAAUGGGGCUUCAAUAUCAUUUCUUCAUGGAACCUCAUUCUACUGUUGCCAUACCUUGUGAAGGUGGCAUGCAGCUGUAUGUUGCUACGCAAUGGAUGGACUUGGUACAAAUUGUGGUUUCAAAUCUAUUAAACUUGAAAAACAAUGAAGUUCAAGUAAAAACCCGCCGUCUGGGUGGAGGUUAUGGUGGCAAGGCCACACGCUGUAAUCCAGUAGCAUGUGGUGCUGCUUUAGCAGCUUAUAAACUGAACCGACCAGUCCGUUUUGUCCAAUCGAUUGAGUCAAUGAUGGACACUUUGGGCAAAAGAUGGCCUUGCAAUAUCGACUACAAUUUUUAUGUCAACAAAUCAGGAAAGUUCGUGAAGCUCAUUUCUAAAUUUUAUGAAGACGCUGGAUAUUCUCCUAAUGAAUCACCAAUGGGCCAUACAUUAUUAGUUUCUAAAAACUGCUACGAUUUCACAUCAGACAAUUUUAUCUUGAAUGGCUAUAUGGUGCUCACCGACUCCCCCAAUAACACGGCCUGCAGAGCUCCUGGUUCAGUUGAAGGUAUAGCUAUGAUAGAAAAUAUAGUAGAACAUGCUGCCUUUGAAUUGGGUCUUGAUCCUUUAGAGGUCCGCUUGGCCAAUUUAAUACCAGGGCAUAAAAUGGGAUCAAUGAUACCAAGAUUUGUCGAAUCUGCUCAAUACAAAGCCAGAAGACAAGAAAUCAUUGAGUUCAAUAAGCAAAACCGUUGGACCAAACGCGGUCUUGGCUUGGCAACAAUGGAAUACCACAUUGGUUACUUUGGUCAAUUCCCUGCAACUGUGGCAAUUUAUCAUGGUGAUGGUACAGUUGUAAUUACCCACGGUGGAGUAGAAAUGGGACAGGGUAUGAACACGAAAAUCGCCCAAGUGGCAGCCCACGUCUUGGAUAUACCAUUAGAGUUAAUUCGAAUUGAGGGCAGCAAUAGCAUUAAUGGGGCUAAUUCGAUGGUAACUGGUGGAUCUAUUGGCAGUGAAACUGUGUGUUUUGCUGUUCGCAAAUGCUGCAAUUCGUUGAAUGAAAUCCUGAAACCAAUAAAGGAGGAAUUAAAAGAUCCCACUUGGAACAGUCUCAUAAAUGAGGCUCACAAUCGUAAUGCUAAUUUAAUAGCCAGUGAUGGUUGUAAAAUCGGUGAAAUGGAUCCAUAUACAGUAUGCUCACUUGGUCUCACCGAAGUCGAACUCGACGUCUUAACAGGCAAUUAUCUUGUGAGACGCGUAGACAUUUUGCAGGACGCUGGCGAAAGUUUAAAUCCAAACGUUGAUGUCGGACAAGUGGAGGGCGCAUUUAUAAUGGGCUUGGGUUAUUGGACAUCCGAACUAUGUGUUACAGACAAAACAACUGGAGAACUAAAAACUAAUCGUACAUGGAAUUACAAGCCUCCAGGAGCUAAAGAUAUACCAAUUGAUUUUCGUAUUGAAUUGUUGGCACAAAGUCCAAAUCCGGCUGGUUUCAUGAGAUCCAAAGCCACUGGAGAACCAUCAAUUUGCUUGCCCGUUAAUUUAGCCUUUGCUCUGCAACAAGCAAUUCAAUCGGCCCGUGAUGAUGCUGGAUUACCAAAAAAAUGGAUUACUCUAAGAGCUCCUAUGACUCCCGAUUAUAUUCUUUUAAAUUGUGGUACCCAUGUCAACAUGAUGACUUUAACAGCCAAUGCUUAAAAUUAAAAGUACGGUUCAUGUUAAAGUUUUAUCCCAUGUUAAAUAUAUCUAUAUAUAAAAUGUUAUUGCUUUUUAGAGUUUGUAAGUUUAUAUCUUAAAUAAAAUAAAAACAUAUAUUUGCA